AUGGAAAUCAUGGAAGCUACUCCAGAGUUAAAUUACCAAAUCGAAAAAAAUUCUGAACUACAAGAAAGUGGUACAGUCCUAAUCUACACAGAGUUCGUCACACAAAUGGACAUAGAUCUGAUGUUAGACCGGUCUAGUUUCUCAUGUUUAUUAUCUAGCAAAGAACUCAUGGAAGACGACGAAGAAUUUCUUAGGAAACAAGAACUCUAUCAUUUCUUGACAGAAUCAAGAGUCGAUGAACUUGAUGCUAUCGUACUAAUGAAAAUACUUAUCCAACUUGCCAUUGAAGUAACUUCCUCGGUUGAAUAUUUUCCACAUUACGCGUUGUCAAUACGGCUGACCUUUGAUGUAGUUCCUUUGAGGCAAGAAUCAAACCUCGAUGAAUCUCAAAUAGAAGAGGCUAUUCGAGCCUCACUCGAUGAGUAUGAGAGGAGUAUCCGGUUUAGACCCGUAAGUAAGCUAGGAGUAAGCUCUUUAAGUAGGAGAAUAUACAAGAGAAAGCGAAAGACCAGCUUUAAUGCGGACAGCUGCAGGACAAAAAAGACUAGAAUAACUGCUGAUCGGUGCACAGUUUGCUUGGAGGAGUUUAAAACCGGACGAAAAAUUGUGACUUUAGAUUGUGGUCACGAGUUUGACGAUGAAUGUAUUGUGGAGUGGUUUAAGGUUAACCAUGUUUGUCCAUUGUGUAGGUUCGCGUUACCAUGUGAAGAUGAUGGUUUGUGUUCUAAAAAUUAA